AUGCCACCCAAGCGCAAGAGGUCCAACACUGUUGGCUCGGUCAAGAAAGACGGAAUGGACGUCGUGCAGCCAUCAUCGCGCGACGCGUCCGACGAAGGCGCUGAGGACUCCGUGCUGCAGGAAGUCACAUCGAAGAAAGAGCGCCAGGCCGAGUCAACGAAACGCGGACGCGCCGGAAACCCUAGCGACGAGAGCGAUGCUGAGGAUGAUGACGAGCGCGUCAGCAAAAAGACCAGACGCUCUUCUGCCGACAGGCUCAAGAAUGGCGAGAACGGAGAAGCAAGCACAAUGCGCAUGGAGGCGCCACCAGGCGCUGGUCUGACCGACCCCGCUGGCGGCUUUAAGACGAACCCUCCUGCGAUGGACCGCCCAAUUCGGGUAUAUGCAGAUGGUGUUUUCGAUCUGUUCCACAUUGGCCAUAUGCGUGCGCUGCAGCAGGCCAAGACUGCAUUCGCUCACCUCGCUCCCAACAAUCCGCAAGUCGAGCUCGUAGUCGGCGUGACAGGGGACACUGAGACGCACAAGCGCAAGGGUCUUACAGUUCUGUCGGCGAGAGAGCGCGCGGAAAGUGUUCGACACUGCAAGUGGGUCGACGAGGUCAUUCCAGACUGCCCUUGGAUCGUCACGACCGACUUCCUCGAGAAACACAAGAUCGACUACGUUGCGCACGACGAUCUUCCUUAUGGCGCAGAUGAGGGGGAUGACAUUUAUGGACCUAUCAAGGAGAGGGGCAUGUUUCUUGUCACUCAGCGAACGGAAGGUCUGAGCACAACAGGCAUUAUUACCAAGAUUGUUCGCGAUUACGACCAAUACGUUGACCGCCAGCUGAAGCGUGGCACAUCGCGCAAGGAGCUCAACGUCUCCUGGCUCAAGAAGAACGAGUUGGACCUCAAGCGCAACAUGGUCGAGUUCCGCGACAGCAUUAAAGCCAACUGGGCGACCACAGGUCAAGAACUUACAAAAGAUUUCCGUCAAUUUUGGCAGACGAGCCGCCCGGCCAGUCCAGCGAGAACGCCUACACGCGAACAUGCAAAUGCGAUGGAACAGAUUGCAGUUGACGCUCGAUCACCGUCUGCGUUGUCGAGACUCAGCCAUUUGGAUAUCCCACGUGGUAACGCGGAGAGGGGAAGCACCGAGUUUGCAGCUGGUUACAACUUGGGCCUGAUAGGCGGUGUAAGGGCAUGGAUGGCUAGGAGCCGUCGUAACCUGAAUGACAGCAGACCUCAGAGUCCCUCAAACAGCAGCGAAGACGAACGCGAAGACCGCAGUCCGCAAGCUGAGCCUCGCCGAGGGCGAAGCGGAAGGAAGGGUGAUGACCUAGAUAUUGAGGCUUAG